AUGAACAAUCUUAAUUGUAAAUGGAAAUACUAUUAAACAAGAAAAUAAGCAAGAAUUAUACAAUUACCUAGAAUUAGACUUUAAAAGGAUUUUAGAACUAAGUCUAUUGAUGAUUUAUUUCUGUAGACUAAACUUAAUUCUUAAAGAGAGGAAGACAAGGAAGAAGAAAAUAUUUUACGAGAUAGUGAUAGAAUUAUGUAUGAUAGAUCAUAAUAUUUUGAAUAGUUGAGUAAGCAAAGAGAUAGUAAAAUAAUAUAUCAGAACUUAAAUUUAGAUCAAUUUCUGAUGCUCUUGUCAAAAAAAAAAUAGAGUAUGAAUAUGAAGAGGAUUUAACAUCUAUCCAUAAUAAAUGUGGAAUUAAGGUUGUUAAUUAAGCUUAAGAAAUUAAUGAUUAGGUCUAAACCUAAUUAAAUAAUCUUAGUGAUUAUGAAAAGUAGAAAUAAUAAGUAAAUGAAAUCUUCAAAAGUCUUUAUACAUCUCAUUAAGAAAAACGUGUAAAUAUCAAACAACUAGUAAGCGAUAGAACUAUCAAAAAUAAACCUAUGGAUUUUAAUUAACUUAGAAAAAGAUUACCAAAAGAUAAAAUUGGAACAAUAUAUGAUCCAACAAGGUUUUAAAAUUUAUAAGAAAAAUUUCACAGAGAAAUUGAAGCUAAUGCACCUAAUAGAUCUUUUAUUAGAUUUAGGCAAUUUUUAAUUGAAAGAAGAGGAACUUCUUAUAAAGAUUGA